AUUUACUAACAACUAUACAUUAACGAAUUCAUCAAGAUUCAAGAUCAAAUAUCAAAUUUUUUACGAUAACCAUGUCCACCAAACUCGUGAGAGUAGAAUUUGAAGUAUUUGGAACGGUUCAAGGAGUAUUUUUCCGAAAAUUCACCCAGAAAAAAUGCCUAGAACUUGAUUUGAAAGGUUGGUGCAGGAAUACAUCAACGAAUACAGUAAAGGGAGUUCUCGAAGGAGAAGUCGAUAAAGUCCAAGUGAUGAAGAAAUGGUUGCAAGAGGAAGGAAGUCCGAAGAGUAAGAUCAUCAAAACUGUUUUCUCUGAUGCUGAGCCAAUAGAUCGUUAUUCUUUCAACACUUUUGAAAUUCGACGAUAGUCACCAGAGUUCACGGCACGAAAGAAUUGUACGUCGACUAUGUUGCGGAAAUCUGAAAUCACGUCUUUCUAUUUGUCAUAAAAUGUGCAUACUUAUGUCAUUUUAGAAACGAAUUACAGAUGCUAUGAAAAUUGAACAUCUGCCGGUGUGUAUACCUAAUACCUAUGCCUUGAAUGAAAUUUUAGCAAAAUCAGUUGAAUGGACACUGAUGUAUGCUAUACGAAUGUAAUAUACAUCAUCUGUCCAUUUUUGAAUCUGAAAAUGGCAACAUUUUUUCUCUUGAAAUAAUGUAAACUUGGCAAGUGCGAAUUCUUUAGAAAAUAUUGCCAUUAUUUCUUUUACUUAAUAGAAAAACUCAAUUUAGGAGAAAUUUGUUUUUACCAAAAUUAGUCAGCUCACUUGAGAAUUUCCGCGAAAAUCGCAAUUGACAGGUACAGGGUACCUAAAAUUUUAAUUUGGGUUUUUGUACUUUUUGUAAAUAUUUAAAAUGUGUUGUUGCAUAUGCGUAACAACCUAUAAACAUUAUGGAACAGACUAUGAGUCUUGCAUGUGGUUACGUAAUUAACGCUAUUUCAAAAAUGUAUCAAUUUGUAUCAUUUACCUAUAAUAUAUUGCUUUAGACCUAUUAA